AUGUCUUUUGGAAAGGCUAAAAUACAACGCUUCAAUGAAAUAAAAGCAUGUGCACCUAGCCCAGCAACCUACUUGAUUGAGUUGAAAAAUAAACCAAAAGGGACAAUUUUACAACAAACCGAUCGAUCUUCAGAAAAAACUGCCUCUAACUUUGAUACCGUUUCAACUCAGAGUGUGCCUUGUUUUAGGACACCAGUUUUGUUGAAAAAGAAAGGUACUAAAGUGCCCACUCAAAAACCAUUGAAACCAAAAUGCCUCAUCAACGAAAGUUCCGAGAAAGAAGCUUUAAGAGAAAAAAUAGUUGAGUGUGAAAACAAAGAUGUUUAUAUUAGAGACUUGACUCAACAGCUUGAAGAAAUCAAUCAACAAAUAUGUGAUCUGAAAACACAAAAACACAUUCUCGACUCAGAGAAAGCUGAGUAUGAAAAAACAAUUGAGGGGUUGAAAACUCAACAUGAAACUGAUUUGAGUACGUUAAAAUCCAAGCUAGAAGAAAAGUUAUCUGAAGUUAAUGACAGGAAACUUGAGUUAAUUCAAGAAAUAUUGUUGCUGAAAAAUGAGUUUGAGGAAUUCAGAGAUGUUCACUUGAAACAAAUUUUAGAAGUGAAAGCAAAUUGUGAUGAAUUCCCAAGACUAUUCAAAAAAUCUCUCGAAGAAUGUAGGCUCAUGUUGGAAGACAAAGAAUUCCAACUCAAAUAUAAAGAAACUGAGCUAAACGCUCUUGAACAAAAUUGUAUAGAAAUUCAAAAUAGUCAUUCUCUGGAGAUAGAGAAAAUGAAAAAAGAUCAUUUGUUGGAAAUUCAAGACAUGGAGUUUGAAAUGUUAAAACUGAUGCAUGAAAUGCAAAAAGAAAGGGACAUUGCAGCUUGUAGAAUAAAGGAAAUUGAAGAAAACAUGCAGAUUGAGAUUUUAGAACUGAAAAAUAAUUUCAAAAAUGAGAAACAACAGAUUAUUUUCGAUUCGAAAAAUGAAAUUGAACAGGUUCAGAUGAAAUUGGAACUUUCUAACUCUUUGUUGAAAACAGAACAUGAUCAAAAACUUCAAGAAGUUGAAUUGGAUUGGAAAUCCAAACUAGAAAAUCAACAAAAAGAAUCUGCUGCUAUUCUCAAAGAAUGCCAAGCCAUCAGUGAAUACAGUAUCAUUGAGUGUGAAAUCGAAAAAAAUAAAGUCAUAUCCGAUUUACAACACACCACCGGUGAACUAAAGACUGUUCUACAAAAAUACGACCAACUUGUACUGAGUUUCGAAGAUCUGAACAAAAAGUACUCUGACUUAGAAACUCACUUAGCUACUGCUUCAAAAGAACUCAUCAAAACCAAAGAAGAACUACAAACGGAACUGGACAAUAAAAAUAAGCAGAUCAACAAAAUCAAGAAAGAAAAUAGUGCUUAUGAGGUCACAAUAAGACAUUCUCAAACCACAAUAGAAGUUUUGACUAGACGACUUAUACAUUCUGAUAAAGAUGUUGAACAAUUGAAAAAGGAACUAGGGCAGUGUGAAGCUAAAAUUCUCGAAUAUGAACAAAAAUGUUUGCAGAUAUCUUCAGACUUGAAACAAGCACAAAUGUUCAAUGAGGAAUUGGAAAUGCAGUAUGAAUCCUCAAUCCAGAUCAACCGCACUGAAAUCAACGAUGUGGGUCACAAACUCCACAAGAAAGUGGAUGAUUAUAAAAAAGAAGUGUCUGAACUUUCCAGAAAACUAGAUGCCGAGAAGCAGAUGAAAAAUGAGAUCAUCCAACAAGUCCAUGACGCAUUUGACAUGAUCAGUAGACUGAAGAUAGAGCUGGAUAACGUCGAAAUUUUGCACACUCAGUACAAGUUCGAGCUUGAGCAGUCCCAGAACGAACUUGAAGACUACCAUAUGAGAGAAAUGGAUUGGAACAUAAUCAGGGAUAAGUUGGAACAUACCAUAAAGGAUUUGGAAGAACUUUUAGAAGUUAGACAUGAUGAAAUAAGCGAUUUGAAGAAGAAGGUUGUUCAACUGAAGGAAACGAAUGAUUCUUAUUGCCAGUAUUCUGACUACUACCAGCAAAAAAUCAAGGAGUGCGAGAGUGAGCUAGUUGAAACUGGAAAUAUCCACAAAAAGUACAUUGAGAUGUCUGGAAAGUACGAUGAGCUGUCGCAAAAAUUCGAAGAGUUGGAAUUGGAAAAUUCACAGAACAAGUGCAGAAUUUCACAAUUGGCAAUGGACUCCAUGAGAAUGGAAGAGUGGAAAGAAAAAUAUUGCAAACAGGAGGAAGAGUACAAUAAGUUGAUGAGGAAAUAUGAAUGUUCAGAGAAAGACAAGAAUGCUAUGGUUCAUCCAUUGAAAUCGGAAGAGAGUGAUUCAGAAAGAGACCAACUAUUGAAUAGGGUACAUCAAUUGGAAAACGAACUGAAAGAAGUCUCCCAAAAAUAUGCAGAUCUAGCCGGCCACCAAAAUAACAAGCAGAAAAUAAAACAUCUGGUGGAUUUGAAAACGAAAAAUGAGGAAUUAGUACAGAACAACACUGAACUAGAGGCGAAAAUGAAGUACCAUCUGAAGACGAUAGAAAAACUGAAGAAGGAGAACUGUGACCUGAAGAAAUGUAUGAAGAAAAACAAACUCACCAAAGAAGACAAGGAGAAUUUCGGCAGUCCCAAUCGAUCGUUGAACUCGAGCAGAAUCGAGUCGCCAUUUCGAGACAGGAACUGA